UCUCCAAAAUUUCGUUGUAACAACAAUAUAUCACCACUCUGAUGUAUAAUCGAUAUAACACAUGCAUCCUAUUUGUUUCCUAGGCUCGAUCGAUGCAUAAACUUGAACACUUGUGGAACAAGGUCGCUGCUGGUGAAGUACUUAUUAUGUAAGCGCUUUCUUGGCUUGUUCUUGUGUUGUUUUACAUAAAGACGCUACUUACUUACAGCCAACGACAUUCCUUAUUCUUAUUUACCCCUCAUCCAGCUGGACUGGACAUUGUACAUUAAUAUUCCUGUAAUAUCUUUAUUUCUCCCUCCUUUCAUCACAAGCUUUAAAGUGACUCACACGCUGGUCGUCCAUGCAAUCGAACCGUCCUUCUCUACACGCUGGAAAGCUCGGCCUGCCCAGUUCCCCCGCAUGCACUCGUCUCAAGAGAGACGGGCCUUUCGCGGAAGGUCAUUCGCGAAACCAGAGUCAGCCCAUUGCGUUCACUGUGACUCGCCCGCUCCGCCUCCGUGGACCCUCAGUGUCGGUUCCCACCAGUGACAUCCAUGUCGCUCAGGUAUCCACUCGCCCUGGAACCCGUGCCAUGGGAACAACUUUUAGUUCUCGCUCCAAACCGCCUGCAGUCAGCCGCGAGUCGAGCACUUCUGCCAGUUCCAAAUCAUCUGCUUCGUCCUUCUCAUUCCGGGAGAGAAUGAACAGUCAGUCAUCUUCGUCUACUAGCUUAGAAGAUUACUUUAAGCCGCCAACAAAAUCUACUGGACCUGAUAAACCAUCCAAGACCGUUUUGGAUCAACAUGAAGACCCCAAGCAUGGCACAUAUUUUUCAACAUUGGAAAAUGGUCAUAACAUAUGGAAUCGUGUUGCUGCCGCUGCCAGUGUCUUGACAGUUAAUGUCAAUAAAGCGUGGUAUUCAAGGAUUGGCGCCUCAGAUGAGGAAGGUGGGGGCACAUCAAUCAUCACUUUUCCUUGCCUUCCUAAGUUCUCUAUCGUAGAAACGGCACCUGGACGCGACUCGCAUUUGACCCGCGUAAUGAAAGUUUAUCACCUUGCAAAGGCCCGUCAUCCUUCAGAUCUUCCUGACUGGCUCUUUGACGAGCGCGAACGGAAGCCAUCUCUCAGUUCUCGCUUCACAGAGUCGUCAAGAGGCACAAUAUCUGAUACUCAACCUUCGCGCCCUUCAGCACCACGUUAUGUCUACGACGACGCGGCCUCCCAUGCACUACCGACACACCAUUCACAGACCACAUCCCACGUCCUCGCUUCCUCAGAAAAGACAGGUUCAUCAAAGGCUGCGGAUCGUCUGAAGGCAUUCAGAGAUGCAAAGCGAGCUGAUUUGGGAGUGCGGCACGUUUCCUCCAAGUCAGAGAGCUUGUCCUACUCUCCGUCUCGAAUUCAUACCAGCGUGGGUACAUAUCAUAAUGGCAAUUACCGGAGCGCAUUGUCUUCUCCUACCAGACGACCCGCGCUGUUGGCGCAGCCAUCCCAACCAGGCGCAUUCUGAUUCAUGUCAGUCUUUCUCAGUCUGGAAGCGGUAAGAUUCUGUGAGCGCACAGACGCGUAUGGAUAAACAUUUCUAUAUAUACUGCAUGUAACUUGGGUGUCAUACAUGUAUGCACGUGUGUUUCAGCGAACCUAUACUGAAUCGACUUGGUGGCAUACAAUUAUUGCUUACAUUUUGUCGAAUGCAUGGAUUUGUUUGUAUAUCGAUUUGAUAUCGAUCUUAUCUCAUUUCGUGUGCUGACAUCGUCACCUGUUGUCAUUGGAAAUUCACAAGUCUGACAAAAUCCUGAAACUUUGGUUGCGAUGAAGACUUCACAUGCCGUUCUGCUGCUCGUGCCGCAGCGUGUCGUUUCCAGAGAGACCAACUGACGCCGAGACAACACCGAACCAGCUUUUCAGGUGACGGAGACAAGAUCUGCUGAA